UGGUUUAGCUGGAAGACCCUUGGCAGAAGUGCCAAAUGCCAUGGCUGACGCCAUCACCUACGCAGACCUGCGCUUUGUGAAGGUGCCCUUGAAGAACAGCGUCUCUAAUCACCUCGGACAGGACUGUGAGGCUUACGAGGAUGGAGAACUCACCUACGAGAAUGUGCAAGUGUCUCCCGUCCCAGCAGGAGCAUCAGGCUUGGCUUCCUCUACCCUAGUGGACAAAGCAGGCGUCAGGUCAGAGCAGCCAGCUGCAUCCUGGAGCCCCGUGAAGUCGCCCGCUGUAGGAUGGAUUUCCCGUUGUCCCGCAGUCGGCUUGCAAUACUUCUUGCUGGGCCUUUUCCUGGCCUGUCUGAUGUUAGGGGUGGCUGCCAUCUGCCUAGGAGUUCGCUAUCUGCAGGUGUCUCAGCAAUUCCAGCAGGUUACCAGGAUUUUGGAAGCCACCAACAGUAGCUUGCAGCAGCAGCUCAAGCAGAAGACAGCUCAGCUGGAGCAGAAGGAGGGGGAUCUGCAGGGGUCUCUGACAAAGCUGUCCCUGAGUCAGGACGCUUUACAGGAGAAGCAGAAGAUCCAUGAGGUCACGGAGCAGCAGCUACAGGCCUGCCAGUCUGAGGGACAGAGGAGCAAGGAGAACUUGGAAAGGGAGGAGCAGCAGAGGAGGGACUUGAACCAGAGGCUGGUCAACAUGCGGGACACACUGAGGCGCUCUCUUUCCUGUUCCUCAGACACCUGCUGUCCGCUGGGAUGGACACAGCAUGAGGGAAGAUGCUUUUACAUCUCACACACUCUCAGGAGUUGGCAAGAGAGCCAGAAAUACUGCACAUCUCUGUCCUCCCAACUGGCUACUAUAGGCAAAGAAUCGGAUAAGUAUCCUUAUCAAGUCUCUCUGCCCAAUGGCUUAGGGAAGUUGCUAAAUGAUUCAAAGUCAUAUUGGAUCCAGCAGCCAAGCCAAAAUGAAGAAAACCAUUGGCAAGCUAGGAAGAAUUUGAGAUCACCUGUAUCUUAUUCUCAAAGCUCAUAUUGUAUGAAGCUAGCCAAAUGGUAUGAAUCAUGGCAAAGACACUUCUCAAAGUGUACAGACUCUUAUCCUUGCAUUUGUGAGCUGGAAGCUUUCCGGUUUCCUGACGGGGAUCACCUGCACUGAAACAGGUAAGCACGAGGGAUGGAGAGCAGGCAUAGUUGUGUGUAUGGGGACAGAGGCCCAGAGGACAGAGGGAAAAUCUGUUCCCAAAUUUGUCAAAUCCACAAUCUCCAGUGGCUCAUUCUGCUUAUGUAGGGCCAGGCUAGGCAGGGAAAGGGGACAGGUACGUCCUGAACAGGGGAGCGGGAAGACAGGGUGAACUGGACGAGGGUUAGUGAGUCACCUAGAGCUCGCUGCUGCUUUAUUUUUCCAGACACAGGAACAAGAGCUUGUGACCUGCAUCCUUAACCUGUGGCCUGCGAUUCCUCCAGCAUUCCCUCACUCUCGGGCAUGCUCAGCUAAGGGCUGAUCCUGGCCUGGCAACCUGCUGCCUGCUUC